CCAACUGUCAUCCGGAGGUAGUUUUCUUCUGCUUCACGCGUUCUCAAACAAUGCAGUUUGUGCUGGUGCUGAUGGGAAAAAGAUAAUUUACAAGCUUGGAGUGCAUUUCCAAUGUUUAAAACACACCUAACUUUCAAGUGAAAACCAUUGUGCAUUGCCGGGUGAUACAGUUCAGUCAAAAAUCGAACCGAAAUGACGCAGUAUUUACCUCCGAACUUGCUUGCUCUGUUCGCACCCCGCGACCCUAUUCCGUACCUACCGCCUCCGGACAAGCUGCCCCAUGAAAAGAAAUCACAGGGCUACUUAGGGGUGGGAAGUUUUUUGGAAUGUUUUGAGGAUCCAAAGGAUACGCCACCGCCGACGCGAGUGGAAACGCGAGAGGAGCGAUUAGAAAGGCGUCGAAGGGAACGUGCGGAACAGGUAGCCUACAAGCUCGAAAGAGAGAUAGCUACUUGGGAUCCGAACCAGCUACUGGAAGCGACAGAGGAUCCGUUCAAAACAUUGUUCGUGGCUCGGAUUAACUAUGACACCUCGGAAUCAAAACUUCGACGAGAGUUUGAAAUUUACGGUAAUAUAAAGAAGAUUAUUAUGAACAACGACAAGGAAACGGGCAAACCGCGUGGAUACGCAUUUAUUGAGUAUGAACAUGAACGAGACAUGCAUGCGGCCUACAAGCAUGCGGAUGGUAAGAAAAUAGACGGUAAGCGCGUCCUGGUGGACGUGGAACGGGCCCGUACGGUGAAGGGAUGGCUUCCGAGACGGUUAGGUGGUGGAUUGGGUGGCACACGACGUGGUGGACCGGACGUUAACAUCAAACAUUCUGGCCGUGAGGACAACGAACGUGAGCGGGAACGUUAUCGGCUCGAACGCGAACGAGAGGAUCGCGAUCGUCGGGAACGAGAUCGACCAGAUAAUCGAUUCGAUCGCCGGCGAUCUCGUUCUCGUGAUCGUGACCGUCGCCACCGUAGCCGAUCAAAGGAUCGCAGCAGGCGAAGGCGCAGUCGCGAGCGGGAAAUGGAUGAUCGCGGUGAGCGGUGGGAUAAGGAUCGGGAACGUGAACGUGAGCGCAGCCGGGAUCGGGACAAGGAUCGUAAGCGCAAACGUAGUCGCUCUCGUGAUCGCGACCGGGCAGAGAAAAGUCGCCAUAAGCGUAGUGACCGCGAUCGGGGCGAUCGGGAUCGAAUGGAUCGUGCCGGUGGCUCCGGAAACGGUGGCGCUGAACGUAAGGAGCGAAAACCAGAAUUCCGCGAGGGAGAAAUCAAAAUCAAGGAGGAACCAAUCGAUGAUUAUCCCGACUACAGUGCCCAGUACUCUCAGUACCAGUCGCAGGUUAAGUAUGAAGAUGGGGAGGAAGAGAAAUAUCGUCCGCACGAGCACGAACCUCCACACCUUAGAGCGGACAACGGACGCGGCUACGUUACUGCUAAUGGUGACGAUGAUGACGCGGACUACGAUGAUGGGCAGGGCUACUAGACGAGCGUAAUGGAGACGAGGCCAGCGGUUUCCCUGCCGAAGAAAAUAGAACAAACGGUAGACAAACAUAACACUGGUAAUAGCCGGUCUUCGAAACAAAACAAAAAAAUGCCCUGCGAAUGCAUCAUUCGUUUGCUAGAUGAAUUGUUUCGCAGUUGUUUUUUUUUGUAUAAGAUUCUUAGAUCUUAAUUUUUUCCUCUAUCCGAUCGCCAAUAAUGAGUACGAUGUAAAAAGGGUACACAUAGUGCACUGUUAGGUUUUUGCAUUAAUUUUGAUUUGGUAUCAUUUUUUAUUUGACUUGAAAACGGUUCUUUCUGAUUUCGAGCAUGCGAGAAAUCAUCUAUCUUUUAACCCUUUGUUUGGUUCCGUGCUAAAACCAGACGAUUGUUUUAAUAAAUCGUUGUAUUAUUCCAAAACAAAAUUUAAAAUCAACUGAUCAAAAUUAAUGCAACAACCUAAUAUGCAUCCUUGCAACGUACGAUACACAUGGGCACGAUCGUUUGUGGUCAAAUAAUCGCUUGUUCAAAGCGCAUUUUGAAAUUCCAUGCGCUAUGCUAUUGCAUAUUCGAGGUAAGAACACGCUUUCGCCGAUUAUUCGGACACCGUUUGGAAGAGAUAAUUUCCUAACAAAAAUUUUGCGUGUAAGUGGGCUUCGUACGAAUGUGAAUUAGCUUUUAAAUGGUAAGGUAACAUGUGCAUGCUCACAUAGAGAGGACACGGUAAUACUGACAUACUGGUUCACUGCGUCGGUACAGUAACUUGGGAGUCAUACAAGGUGAACACUAUACAAUUAUUCUCCAAAAUAUCUAUUCAACGACUCAGCGAAUACUUUCCAUUAUGCAUCUGUGGAAUGAAACUUCACGACCGAGUUUUCAGUAGCACUGUGUUUUCAUAGGUAAAUAAAGCUAGCAGUUAAUACAGCAUCUUACAAA